AUGGACUCGAAAAAUGUUGAAUCAAUGCUGGAUGAGUUGGUCGCGCUCUUGAAGUCCAAUUACCAGCUCUCUAAUGGGCUGCUCGACAACCUGCAGACACUGGUGGAAGACUCCGCCAACGACUCUGCGAAGAAUGAAGCGCUUAUGGCUAUGAGAGCUGAUUUCGGUCCUUUUAUGAUGUCCAUGGCAGAUCUUAGAGAUGGACAUAUCAGUAUCAUCGAGUCUUAUAACACUAAAUUGAAAUUGGGACCAUCAGCCGACGUGGCAAAGAGCAGACUCACUGCGUCUAUCGACAAAGAAGGAAAUAUCACAGAACUGUUACAGUCCAUUUACGAAAUAUCUGAGAGUUACAAUCUUCAUAUGGAGCACAUCAAUCUCAUCGGAAGGCUGUCAUCUAAAUUAUGCGACACAGCUCUGUAUUCGAGCAAGACUGCACUUGGCGCUGACGACGAGCUCGAUAUAGACCACAUCUUGGAUGCAUACGAAACUAGUGGAGAUGGGGAUGUUAAGGAUAUCGAAUAUCUGAAGUCUCGACUACUUGGCUGGGUGGACUCGCACAAAAUGGAAAAAGCUCGGUAUACCUUGGAAAAUCAACAUAUCUUGCGCGAUAAGCUCAGAGACAUGACUUCUGAGGUGACACGAUGGAAGGCGAACUAUGAAUCUAUCGAAAACACGAUGUUUGGCGAUGAUGCGCACUCAAUAACUCAGACUCUCCGGAGAAUCGAAAAUCUUAAGCCUCAGCUUGAAAAAGCGAUUCCCGACAAAGAUGUUAUGAUGUCCUGA